AGUCUGACAUUUUAGAUUUAUUAUUGUUUAAAUUUAGAUAUAUUUUCUCCCAAUCUGAUCUGAGGGUGAAAAGGUAAACCUGAUCUGACGGUCUUGAUCAAGGUGCAUCGUGCACCCGUUCGUACUCCAGUUAACGAGUCAAUUAUUUUCUCUGAAGACAUGUACGAGCAGCCGGUUGUAGCUGUGGGGACUCUUUAACCUUUUCUUCUUUUUCUUUUUCAGUGCUAAAAUUUACACAGAAAGAAGUAAAGAGAAGAGCCUAGUUAUGGCUUACUCUUCUCCCAAUCUUUCUUCAAUUCCACACCUUCCUUCUUUCACUUUAAAACCUUCCCCUCCUCACUCAAGCUCAAGGUUGGUUUCAGCUCAGAUAAGAUCUAGUUUGGAGAAUGAGAGCUGUACUACUGGAGUUUCAAAUGAUUCAUUAGAACCUGCUAAGAAGAAGGCAGCUGAGUUGCCAACAUCGCGGCGUAUGUGUCUUACAUGCUUAUGUUCAAGCCUGGCUUUAAUCAGUAGUUCUAGCAGCUCUGCUUCUGCAGUAUCAGCAAUGGCUAUGGAUGGGAAUGAAAGGGCUGUAUGCCGGAAUUGUUCAGGGAGUGGUGCUGUACUUUGUGAUAUGUGUGGUGGUACAGGAAAAUGGAAGGCUCUCAACAGGAAACGUGCUAAGGAUGUUUAUGAGUUUACUGAAUGUCCAAACUGUUAUGGUCGGGGGAAACUGGUGUGUCCUGUUUGUUUAGGUACCGGUUUACCGAAUAACAAAGGUCUUCUAAGGAGGCCUGAUGCACAGAAAUUGCUUGACAAGAUGUACAACGGUCGACUUUUGCCAAGUUCUUAGACCCGUCAUGCCCCUUGGACCCAGAUGUUAUUGUCAUUGGCAUCAUGGUAAUUUAGUUUACAAAACUUAUCGGUUACUUUAGUGAAACUUGGAAAAUAUUUCCCGACCUAAAUACUACAAUCUUGUUUGUUUUGACAAUACAAUUUUGAUCUUUGUAACCGAUUUAUUUUUGUUUAAUAUGGAGAGGACAAUAGACCACAUUGUUAGA